GGAAGGGGGGUGCACGAGCGCGCAGACACCUGGGUAAACUUGUGCGCUUUGACUACUACCCGUGAAUCGAAAAUGAACAACCAUUUCGAUGCCGAGCAACGCACAAAUCCAACCAAUGUUACCAAGGCCAAUACAAUUUAUUACUUUUGCGUUAUAACGUCAACAUUAAUUGUCCACACGGAAUCUGCUGGGUCAUUGGGUUUACUUUUCUGCCCAAGGUCUGGCUGCAUCCCAUCAUCCCCGGGCUGUAGUAUCCUUGCUGCCAGAUUAAAAUCGCUGUGCUAUUGGAAUUUGUGUGUUUUAGUUAAGACGUGCUUGUCACUUCUUCCUCUGGCAUUUGAGCUUUGAAUCUGUCUGCCAGAGAGAGGACUAUGAAGAGGUUAACACAUUUCACCACGGAUGUUUCUUCCCUCUUGACCGAGUAAUCGAACGUUAGUGAUGCACCCAAAGAGGAGUUCAAUGGAUUUUUUGCGCGUUUCGUGGAGGUUCUAAAUCCUGCAGAUCACCAAUUCUGCAGGACGUCCCAAGAAAACAACAACACAUUAAUUGACGGCUCUAAUUUUUGGACGUAACUUUUUAUUUUUGGUAGGAUACUCUCAUCAUGACGAUUCUAUUAUCUCGGACUCAACUUGCCCUGUUUUUCAUUCUCCUAUGUCCGGUCAAUAUCAUUGGGUUAUGGUGGGCAGUGGGGAGCCCUCUGGUUAUGGAUCCCAACAGUAUCUGCAGGAAGACCAAGCGACUAGCCGGAAAGCAGGCCGAGCUGUGCCAGACCCAGCCAGAGAUCGUCCACGAGGUCGCCAAGGGUGCCAAGCUGGGUGUACGGGAGUGCCAGUACCAGUUUCGCUUUCGCCGCUGGAAUUGCACCAGUCAGAACAAGUACUUUGGCAAAAUACUCCAACAAGGAUCCGACCUUUCUGUUUCCAUCUACGCGGGCCGGCACCCGUGUCUCACUGGGCCUUGGCUCCAGCGGACCUGCUCUAAGUUGGAGCCAAGGCCAGGCCGUGGAUGUGCGUUUGUGUACGCCAUCACGGCGGCUGGGGUGACCCACGCGGUAACGCAGGCCUGCAGUAUGGGGGAGCUGCUGCAGUGUGGCUGUGAGGCGACCAGGAGCAGGGCUCCCCCCCGGCCUGCCUCCUCCUCCACCACCACAUCUGGCGAGGGAGUCAAGUGGGAGUGGGGCGGCUGCGGAGACGACGUGGAGUUUGGCUACGAGAAGUCCAAGCAGUUCAUGGAUGCCAAGAGGAAAAAGGGCAAGAGUGACAUCAGGACGUUGAUCGAUCUCCACAACAACGAAGCAGGACGACUGGCGGUGAGGAAUUAUAUGAGGACUGAAUGUAAAUGUCAUGGCCUGUCCGGGUCUUGCACACUCCGGACCUGUUGGAAAAAGAUGCCUCACUUUCGGGAGGUGGGUGACCGCCUGCUGGAGAGGUUCAAUGGAGCUUCCAAGGUGAUGGGAGGCAACGAUGGCAAGACCCUGGUUCCUGUGGGCCAGAACAUCAAGCCUCCGGACAAACAGGACCUGAUCUACUCGGCCGAAUCGCCCGACUUCUGCUCACCCAACAGGAAGACAGGCUCGCUGGGCACGCGGGGCCGCAUGUGCAACAGCACAGCCAUGGACGUGAGCGGCUGUGACCUGCUGUGCUGUGAGCGUGGCUACCGGGACGAGACGGUGGUGUUCGAGGAGAACUGCCUCUGCCGCUUCCACUGGUGCUGCGUGGUACAGUGUAAGAAGUGCUCAGUGAGGAAAGAGCUCAGUCUCUGUCACUAGCAUUACCACAGAGGAACUUGGUUGGUUUCAGGCCUCUUCAGCCUCACAGGAAUGAUGCACUGAGAUCAGGCUCCCACAGUUCCCUUCAGGAGCACGCUGAAAGAAGAAUGUCUUAUCUAGGAUCAUCUUGGACAGACAGCUGCAGUAACUCUCCUCUCAAGCUGUAGGAACAGUCCAGAAUGGCCACUACUUCAGUGCUCACCACAUAGAGCUCUAUGACCCUGAACUUAGGCUCUUUUUAAAAGUUACAUUUACAGCUCCCAGAACUUUCUAGAGCAGAAUGCCGGGUCCCAUGUCAUAUAAGACAAUCAGAAAGUUUGGUACUAUUCUCAGUCAUCUGUACAGAGCUGUUAGCCUCUGAAGCAGUGGUUCCCAAACAUGUUUGCACAGUGAACCACCCACCACAAGUCUUUAGAAUUAGCCAUUUACCCAGAAAAUAGCAUACCAACUGUUUCUAGCCUCAAACCCAAUGCUAAGACCCAAUAAGAACAUGGGGCCUACAACCCACCAUUAGGGAAACACUUUGCAUAGUCAGUUAACCAUGUAACUACGAGGGGUGACUAUUGUAAAGAAACCAUAAUGACUUUGCAUGUGGAAAAAAAAAAUAUGGUCAUGGUGAUAAAUGAUUUUCCUAUGUAACAUAAAUGUCCUUCAUGUGAAAGGUGGACAUGUUCAACAUGGAAUACAGGUUUUUUGUAUCUAGCACAAAGUGUAUAAAAAAGGGAAAUGUGGGGUUGUGUUUUUGGAAGACGAACCCCAUCUUGUUUCAUGGUGAGGAGCUGAACUGACAUCCGAGACUAUUAUUUAUGAACAUUUUAUGACAAGACUACUCAUAGUGAUACGGGGAGGAACGUGCCUACUAUCUCUCUGAAAAGCACUUUGGAUAUGGGAGCAAUCUAUGUAAACCAUAUGUUACAUUUUGGUUUUGUUUGUUUGAGUAGUUUGCAAAUGGAAAAAUAUGUUCAGACUUUCUUUUUUUGUUUUUGUACGAGGUGCAGUAUCGAGAAAAGUAUGAUAUGUUUAUCUGUUUAAUAUAAAGGGCUUUUUGUAAUGCACUUUCAAUUAAAGCAUUUGUUACGUUAAGCUUUUUACUUAUAGUCAUGUUGUGCAGAAUAGCCAGUCACAAUCACAUACAAUGCUGACAAUGAAUCCAUACAUUUGUCUCUUUGAUAAGUCAACUUGCUGAAGUGAGUUGGAAGUUAGAAAGACCAUUUAUUUCUACUCUCUCCCUACAUUCUUUAGAGUAGGCAGAUAAGAUCUCCUUGCUUGUUUUUGGGGGGAAAUAAAGCAUUCACUGUGAUUAAUAAUGAUAACGAUUCCUCGUGAGUUGUGUUGUACCCAAACACGCUGUACAUUUUCUGUUGAUGUGCAUAGCUAUAAGUUAUUCAAAUGUACUGUGUCGUACCCUUCUUUUAGAGUACGUUUUUUGUUGCAACUUACCUUUCAGGGGUCUGUAAGACAAGAAACCGUUGGCAAAACAAAGAGAGAGUACGAUGAGAGAUCACAUCGCUAUAAUUUAUUGCCAAUAUACCAUGGUUUAUGACCAGAUGAUUUCUUGCCAGAGGGUUCAUAGUUAAUAUUGUUACCAUGACAGUGACUACACACUGCACAGGAUCACUCUAUUCUCAGAGCUACUAGCUCUAUCUGUGGAAUCAGCAACAUUUUGUGUUUAAUUUAAUCUAAAUACAGUUUUUGUACAAAAAGAAUAUCACUUUAAGGGAGAAAGACUUGGUAAAACCGAACUAUUCUGAGAUUUACUACAAUAUUAGGCAUUCUUUACAUACAGUUAUGUUAGCAGUAGAAUUGAUCACUUUACCAUGUUAAGUUUGGGUUGUAGUUGACCAAAUUAUGAAAUCAGACCAAAUGUGACAUUUCAUAUGUGAGAUAUAUGCAUGACUAAGCAAGGUCUUGGCCUAUCCAUUCCCCAUAGAACAACUUUUGGACUUGUUGGGCUGCCAGGAGCGUUUUACUGUUACUGUAUGUAUGUUUAAACAGCCCUUGUCAAAAUGGAAGGUUGUUUUCUGGAUUCAAAGCAAGAGACAAGUUUAGAAAACAGGAUUUUGUCAUGGAAUGUUGAAUGAUUUAAAGAGCAUUUCUCAGCAUUUGUUUGGAUUCUCAGACAUCAUUUUGAUAUUCUCAUACUUAGUUGUUCAUUGAUUAAACUUUUAUUAUUCUACAAAGUUCAUUUCAUGUCCAUUUAGUUAUUUUCCAGUUACAGUAUUUAUAUACAUUUUAAUAAAUUGACAAUUGUGUUUCUGCAUUUACUAUACAAAUAAAAAGUAAACUGUUCACUCUAGUUUUCAUUUAUUUGUAUUUUUUGUUUUCUGGUCUGUGUAGCAAUGAAUUCAAAUUUCAUUUUUUUGUCUUGUUUUAGUGCCUUUCUUUGUUAGACCAAGACAAAUCAGAGAUUUAAAUGCAUAACCCUUUAUAAACGGGUAGAUUUAUAGAAACGUAUGUCACUUUUGCCUUCCGUUGACCUUCAACACGUUGUGUAAGUGUUAUUCAUAUUAAUUGUCUUCAUGCUUGGUCAGGGUGGAGGGUUUCACCUCACUCCCUUCCAAUGACCAUUCUGGAAGAUAU